UUUCCACCUUAAAAGUCGUUUUUCAGACAUUUAAUGCAGAGUAGUUCGAAUUAGUGCCAUCAUCUGCUAAAGUUGAGGUAAGUGUUGGAAUCCGGAGUAUUAAGAUUCCUCCAGUCUGAUUUUGUGAACAUGUAUCUAUUAGCGCUGACAUCGUAGCCUGAUGAGAUUUGUAAAAUGAUGCAGGCUGAUAUCAGCUGUGACCUCUUUUCAUUAGUGGGGUUUAAGCUUACAAGAGCCUAUUCUGAAUAAAAUAUCACUAAUUCUUUAAUCUCUGGGGACCUAUCAUUAUUCGUUUAGUCGCAUUUUACCCUGAAAGUUUCAACAAUACACCGUUCACAUUGUACCUCGGCUACAAAGACAUUUUUUUCAAUUAACAUCAAAGAUAAAUGUGUUGACAAUCAAAGGCUGUACACCAUGACAGGCAAGAGAAAUAAUAAACUGAUUUUAAUGAGAUUAAAGAAAACUGGCAACGAUCUGUUGAUGAUAAGGGGAGUGCAGUGUUUAGCUAUCACCUCCCAAACUAUUAGCUGACAUUCUCAACAGAAUAAUGCGACCAGUAACCGAACGAGUACGGCAGGUAAUAGGAUGAGUAGAAAGUUUCAAGAGCCGGAAAUUGCAAUCACCUCUUGAUUGAGAGAUUAGUGGUUUAUAUGGUUAGCCUUGUCAAAAUCAGUUCGCCGGUGAAACACUUCCAAGGAGAUCAAGAGGCCUGCACAACAAAGUAAGACAAUAAAUUAGACAUGUGAUCCGAUGAAAGGUUGCGUACAUGCGAUUGGCCAAUUCAUCGCUUUAUUGACAGUCUUUGCGCUUGUCUACAAUCCUCGUUGUUGAAAUGCUUUGAUCACUCGAGGUGGUAAUCAAACAGUUUCCUGCGCUUAUGAGCUUAUGAGCUGUGCAAACAGGUUUUGUGUUAAUUUUCUGACUCAUCGUCAUCAGACAAGAGCGACAGUCAAUGCUCGUGCUAAAAUGGCCGGAUUUUCCUGCAGCGCGAUUUUGGCUCUCUAUCUAACCGCGAUAACGUUUCCUGAAGGAGACGCUUAUAGCUUGAAUCGUGAUAAAGCUACUACAGCGCCUCGCAGUAACAUGUCGCUAGCACAUGUCAGAACUCCGACGUCAAUUCCCUCCACAAAUGGAUAUGUGCAAGAUCCGAAACCGAUCAACAAUGGAAACGGUAUCUAUUCCGAAGAUUCAGAAAUUUACAAACUGAGAAUCGAGAUUAUCAAAGCCAAAAUACUUAAAACACUUCAAAUGGAUAAACAACCGGUCGUCCACAUAGAAAAAACAAAGGACAAAAUGAUCGCAGAGCUUCUCUUAAGUUUAAAUCUCAUUGAUAUGAGUGACGAUGGCAACGAAACGGGAGAGUACGAAGACGGAAAGUAUGACAAGACGAGUAAACUCAUUGUUUUAAGCGAAAAAGCUGAGGUUUCACCUUCGAGAUCAAAGCAAAAUUUUUCCGAGAAGUUGAUUUUCCAGUUUAAUAUUGAGCCGAAAUCGCUGUCCAGUUCAGUGCCCUCUGCGUUUCUGUGGGUUCAUAAACGGAAAAGCAGACAACACGAGCUAAGGAAGAAGACACUUCACAUAAAGGACCCUAACAAAGAAUCACCUAACAGCACCUCCGAAGUACCAAUCAACAGAACGGUGACGGCCAAGUUAAAAGCAAUACGAACCGGCUCAGGAUGGGAAAUGAUAGACAUGAAAGAAAUCGUUCGGCAAUGGUUUAACAAGACAACUCAACAAUACGAUGCAAGGAAUGGAACCGACAACGGCGUACACGAAUUAGAAAUCUCUUGCUCGGACUGUGAUUCGGACGUUGGUCAGCUAAUUAACUCGCGGGGAAGAUUACGGCCAUUUCUCGUUAUCGACUUGGAGAAGCCAAGAACACUGUCAAGGAAAAAGCGCCGAGUUAACAACUGCCCUGAUGGGCAAGCAGUAUCGUGCUGUCGUCGCAAUUUCUAUGUGGAUUUCGGAAAAAUCGGCUGGCAUUGGGUGAUACACCCACAGGGAUUCUAUGCCAAUUUCUGUGAAGGUUCUUGUAAGAGUCUUCAUACGAGAAUUACUAAUGAACGAGCCAUCAUAAUGCAAGAGGCAGUGAAAAAAAAUCUGAGUCCACCUGGAUUCACCGGCAGUUGUUGCAGCCCCACUAAGAUGAAGCCCUUUUCUAUGUUAUAUUGGGACGACGAGUCUAAUAUAGCAAAAAAAGACCUACAAGAUUUAAAAGUUCACGAAUGUGGCUGCUCUUAAAAUGCAAAGGAAGAAAGACAUAGAGUCACGGACAUCCGCAGACGUGUUUAGCUUAUUGAGUCUUAAGGUAAAAAGGCUGUUUGAAAGUAAGGUAUCUAUUUUUUAAGCAACUUUAUUGACGUGGGAGGUUGAACGUUUAGAUUUAAGAUAAGAAAAAAAAAGAGGAAUUCUAAAUUCCUCAAACGGGUCAGAAGAGAAAUUUGAUAGCCCCGUCGAUAACCGAGGCAUUAUACCUCUGAAGUGUUGAUUUUAUCGGUUUUUGAAACGUAAAUACCCUAACCAUUUAAUCUCAUGGAAUUCACGUAGAUGUGCAAAGUUGCUAUUUGAUAUCGAGCUUAAUGCUCAUCUAGGGCUUUGAUUUAUUUUUGCACGAUUAAGAGACAAACAUAACCGAUAGAGUAGAGUAUUUAAGACGAUGAACUGAACCCUGGUAGCGCCACGUGUAUGAUGCCCUUCAAUGGACAUAAACUAUUGUGAUGUGAUAAUUUGCUAAUUCCGGUGGCGCAGCGAGAUAAUUCGAGUGUUGAUGUCCAUCUUAAUCACGCCUAUCUUGAUACCAAAUUGAAACUGGAAAUAGCAGAUUUAUCGUACAAAAGUACAACUUAUCAUCGGUAAACAAGGGGUAAGUAGAUAUACAUGCAUGUAAGGAAUGAUGCUCCAUGGGGUUGUCUGAAUUUUGAGGUCUUCCAAAUGCAAAGCAUUGCGGAGAACCAUUACUAAAUGUAUCACUUUGCAUGCAAAACAGGUUUCUAAAACCACUGCUUGAGGAUGGUUGAAAAGACAAAUUGAAAGAGGAAGAAUAAAUUAAAGGAACUUUGCGAAAUGAUGAAGGUUAAGCAAUUUCAAAACCCAUUUGAUCAUCAUUGAUUUUUGCGAAAUAAUUGCUGGAUCGGGAGUCAGGGAGGGCGGUUAAUUCAAGCUUAUGGCUUUUAAUUCGGUAGUGGUUUCAAGACAUCAUGUGAGCAGCAAGAAAGAGUUUAUACCCCCGACAAAGAAAAGAAACAGAAAGCGGGGUAUCCUACUCAGUGACUACCCCUCGCAACUAACCUCUUCCCCGUACAAGAUAUAAACCUAGAACAAAACAGAGCUGUCUCCCUAUGAAAGAAAAGUACCGAAAUCUGACCUAGAGAAAGAAAUACUUUGAUCUUUUCUACAGCCUCAUUGCUUCCUUAUACUGGCUAUAAGCGUAUAAAGUACUGUCAAAUAUGCUUUUAUGUAACAAGAAUCUAAAAGUAGUACUGCAUUAUAUUGCAAUUAACUCACACGCUGCGAGCUCACAAGAGUGGCCGGCGGAGUGAUUUAAAAUCUUUCGUAAAUUUAGAGAGUAAAUAAUGUGGCACAGCCGUUUCAAAAAUACUUUUUGUGUGGUAACUUGGUGAGAUUUUCUGUGACGAGUGUGUUAGUGUUUUAUUUUAGACCUGUGAGGCAACUUAAUGUUUUGUAGGUAAGGAAAAGCACACGAUUUUUCAAUAAAGUAUUGUUUUCAUCCUAUA